CCCAAAUGUAUGAACGAAUAGCGGGAAGCACUCAUCCCGUUAGACGUCUCCGACAUAGGACCAAGGGUGAACGUGACACAGAACUAAGAUAUCGUGUUCACUAAACUACGCCAGAGUGGAGAUACAACCAGAAGAGAUUUUCACAAAACCAGGUUCGUCUCAGAGGAGCUCAACAUCCGAGCGAUUAAUAUGGCAGCGAUAAUAUUUCGGCAGAAAAAAUGGAGGUACUGGUUUAAGAUUCUGGAUGUGAACAGUGAUUUACUCCUCACAGUGGACGACUGGAAUAAAGUGGCCGAUGAAUUUAUCGAAGGGCACCAGCUUCAAGGAUCGGCUGCUGUUAAGGCACGGUCUGCAAUGUUGGAUUGGGGGACGCUAGUGUUCGGGCUAGGGUUAGACGGUGUGGAAGAAGUCACAGAAGAGCUGUUCGUGCGCACGUUGGCUAAAUUCUACCAGCAGAAUCCCAAAUACGCCGAGGAGGUCGUGGGCGAGAUUUAUCAGAAACUCAUUGACAUUUCUGAUCAGGACAAAGACGGCUACAUCACCGAGCAAGAAUUCGUCAUCAUGAACAAGGCUUUUGGUUUCGACGAAGCGUCGUCUAAGAAGCUGUACCAGUAUAUCGGCCCACCGGAGGACGCCCGUGGUAUUGAGAAGGAAACCAUGGUAGAUUUCUGGGUGGAAUUCGUCACUGGUCAAGAUCAAAACAUUUUCCAUCGAAUAGUUUGUCUCGUUGACGGAUUGGAUUAAUGAACUCUAGUGUUAUCAUACCCGAUAUCUGUUAUUUUAACGAAGUCGUAUUAGCUUAAAUUAUCAUUGUAGCCAGUUAUAACAUUCACACUAGAGACAGUUUUUUUUGGCAAAAAGCUAACUUUCCUGUGUAUCGUAGUAAAGCCGAAGCUGAUGUAAUCCUUUGCAUGCAUACAUCCCGGACGUCAUAUUGGCGGACUUUGUUUAAACUCUGCACUAUCCUGUAAGGUGCAUGGUUAUUACUUUGCAUUCUUAAGGCGAGAACUUUCUACAUAUGUGAAUUUAUUUACACUCUAUUUAUUUACACCUUUGAAGUUUUACCCCAUAAUUAUGAACAUUCACGAUCAUUUCGAUCAUGUUAAGUACAAAUACUUGCCUAGGGUAGCCUGUCAGUUAAUAAUUUUCGGUUCGUUUGGAAGGGUGUGCAAUUUGAUUGUUUCAAAAAGAUGUUACGAGAUAUUUUUGUUAUGGUUGAUAGCUGCUGAAUUAUUGAUGUAGAACUCGUCUGAAGGCAAGAAAAGUCAUUCACUGGUACACUUUCGGGCGUACGCACACGAUUGUAACUUCGAAAUUUACACUCACCUUUCAGUUGUCCAUUGUCCAAGCGGCGUAUUUUAUAUUUACCAUCGAUUGUAAUAUGAGCUGUAAUGUUUACAAUCGAUUGUAGCUCUGGUUAGAUGUGUAUAAGCUUGGUGACUUUUUAACAUCAUGCUAUUGCUGUAUUUAUUUGCUCGC